CAAUAAAACCCUGAGGUACCGUCCAGCCUCCAGCGUAGCCAUGUACCCCACCAAAAUCUUCCCCCAAAUAGCCGCCUCCGGCCACUCCCAUCCCGCCGCAUGGCGAAUCUCCUCGCGACGGCCGCCUCGUGCCAGCUUGGAUGCCGUGCUCCGCUUUGGACAGCCCACAAUUAGCAACCCUCAGGCCCCAGGCCAGCUUGUAGAUAUAAACAUAGCGCAACGCAAGCCGUCACACAUUCUAGUACUGCAGCUCAAAAUUCCCAAUUGCGUCCACCCGGAAACAAGAAGUAGAGCACACGCCAGUCUCGCGGCCAGAAUGAUCGUCGGAGAAUGGACGCGGGGGCCUGCCAUCGGGCGGGGCUCCUCGGCCGUGGUGUCGCUCGCCGUGGAUCGCGUAACCGGCGUCGUGUUCGCGGUGAAGUCCGUGGGGGCCGGCCGGGCAGCCGAGCUCCGGCGGGAGCAGAGCAUCCUCCGCGGCCUCAGCUCUCCAUACGUAGUGCGCUGCCUGGGCUACGUAGCCGACGGGAGCGGCGAGAUGCUGAUGGAGUACGCGGCCGGCGGGUCGCUGGCGGACGAGAUCAGGCGGUGCGGCGGGCGGUGCCCCGAGGCCCUGAUCCGGUGUCGCGCGCGCGACGUCCUGCGCGGGCUGGCGCACGCGCACGGCGCCGGGGUCGCGCACUGCGACGUCAAGGCCCGGAACGUGCUCGUCGGCUCCCAUGGCCGCGCCAUGCUCGCCGACUUCGGCUGCGCGCGCCGCAUUGUUGCCUCCUCCCGCGAACCGCAGCUGAUGGGCAUGGGCGGCACGCCGAUGUUCAUGGCGCCCGAGGCCGCGCGCGGCGAGGAGCGAGGCGCGGCCGCGGACGUCUGGGCGGUGGGGUGCACGGUCAUCGAGAUGGCCACGGGCGGCGCGCCGUGGCGGUCUCGGUUCGCUGACCCCGUGGCCGCGCUGCACCACGUGGCGUUCUCGGGGGAGGCGCCGGAGCUGCCCCCGUGGCUGUCGGAGGCAGGGAAGGAGUUCUUGGGUCGGUGCUUGCGGCAGGACCCCAGGGAGAGGUGGACGGCGGAGCAGCUGCUGGAGCACCCGUGGUUCCUGCAGGCUGAUGCUGAUGCCGUUUCUUGUUCGAGUUCCUUCUUGCCGGGAAUCACCGGGAAGGAGACGACGUUUGUGUCCCCCAAGAGCGUUCUCGAUCAGGUCCCGUGGGACGACGACGACACAAGGACGGGGGCGGACAACGAUCCCACCGACAGAGUCCGCGCGCUGUCCGGGGGCGGCGCGCCGGAUUGGACCUGGGACGGGAGCUGGAUCACGGUCCAUUCCGGCGACAAUGACGAUCACCACGACGCAAUGUGGGCGGAUCAGCCGGAGGUGGAUGCGGAUACUACUGCCGACAGCGAUCCUCUCGUGGGCGGCUCCGCUGGACGGCCUAGUGUGGGGAUCUCGAACGGCCACGCCUCACAUGGCAAUGGCGAUUCCUACGAUGACACCAGCAGCAGCUGUGAUGGCCGGUGCGGUGAUGAUUGUAAUCACGUGAUUAGCGAUUGUAGCGGCCUUCCAAUCAAAAGGCAACAGAUUCUUUCCGAUAUGGUUUAUUUGUCCCCAGCUGGAUGGAUGCAUCGCCCGUUUAUUACCUUUCUCUCUCUCACUCCUACCGUUGUUACCUGUUCUUCCUGUCUGCUCUCUCUUUCUCUGCGCAAAAACUCAUAUUCUUCCUGUCACUCGUUUCUCCCCUCAACAUUAUGAGUGCUAGUGCUCGGUACAGGUUUUUUUUUUUU